UUGUUUGCCAAAGGUACACCGGAAGUAGGAUAUAGACAGGUAGUCGGUUAAUGGUUAACAUUAGCUUCGAAGAGCUGUCUUUUUUUGUCCAUAUCUAGCAUUGUGUGUUUUGAUAUCAAGUCUAUAAAUUCGCAUGUGACAAAACGCCUUAAAAUAGUUGCCUUAAUGUUGCUUUCGACACUUCCCUGAACGGCACUGUCUGUCAAGCUAACUGCAAACUCCCCAUCUGGGUCCUUGACACUAUAAGAAAUCAGGUGCGACAUAGAGGUGCCCUCCCUGUAAGUCUGGACAAAUGAGGGAUGGAGUCUAAUGGGAGGCCAUCCACCGCACAAAUAAUUCUGCUGGCUACCAGUUCAGCCGUUACAGCAGUGCUGUACUCAGUCUAUCAGAAGAAGGCAGCCACUGCGAAUAGCCUGAAGGAAGCCAAGAAAAUUUCAAUAGACCAGGAUCUGAGAAGCAUUCUCAGCAAGGCUCCAGGGAAAUGUGUACCAUACGCUGUCAUAGAAGGGGUGGUGAGGUCUGUGAAAGAGACACUCAACAGUCAGUUUGUUGACAACACCAAAGGAGUUAUUGAGAGACUCACUCUUCGUGAGAAGAAGAUGGUGUGGAAUCGUACAACUCAUCUGUGGAAUGAUCGUGAGAAGAUCAUCCACCAGCGCACCAACACAGUCCCCUUUGACCUCUGCUCCCACGACGACUCCGUGAUGGCGUCGGUGCGCGUCGUGCGGCCCCUGGAAGCGUCCGAGCUCAACCUGGAGACCACCUACGAGACCUUCCACCCCACCGUGCAGUCCCUGAGCAACAUGAUCAGCCACUUCAUCAGCGGCGAGCGGCCCAAGGGCAUCCGCGAGACGGAGGAGAUGCUGCGUCUGGGCGAGUGCGUCACCGGCGUGGGUGAGCUGGUGCUGGAGAACAACCUGGUCAAGCUGCAGCCGCCCAAGCAGGGCCUGCGCUACUUCCUGUCGCGGCAAGACUACGCCUCGCUGCUGGGCAAGCAGGAGAGCAGCGCCCGUUUCUGGAGGCUGCUGGCGGGCCUGUGCGGCCUGGCCGCCUGCGUCACGCUCUUCUACAUCCUGUGGCGGCAGUGGACGCAGCGGCGGCGGCGGCGGCAGGAGCGCGGCGCCCUCGAGGAGUUCAAGGAGGAGCAGCGGCGGCGCAUGCGCGAGCUGGAGAUGGACGAGUCCGCCGUGGCGGCCGGCGCCUGCAGCGUGUGCCUGAGCGCCCAGCGGACCUGCGUCUUCCUGGAGUGCGGCCACGUCUGCACGUGCGAGCCCUGCUACCAGGCCCUCCCUCUGCCCAAGAAGUGCCCCAUAUGCCGGGCAGUCAUCGACAGGGUGGUUCCCCUUUACAACAGCUGAAAGAACCAAAGGAACAUGGAGGAAUAGGCCCCUUUUCAACCGCUCUCCUUGGUCCUCGGUCCUCGAUCCUCGGUUCUCCGGCUCGUUUCCACUGAUCUAUAAAGAACACUGGAUAGACUAUGCCAUUGUUGCCACCCCAUCAUUCUUUUAUAGAUCAGUGGGAAUGAGCCGAAGGACCGAGGAAGGAAGGAAGGAAGGGUGAAUAGAUAAAAUGACGAAAGAGAAGAGCCCAUAGUGUGGAUAACAGUCUCUAGAUACUUAGACUGUGAGUGAUGAAAUUGCUCUGUCAGGUUUUAUGUGAGCUGUGCUUUUCUUUGUGUAAUGCAUAAAGAAUACGUUUGUCUAUUAAAUGAGGUUGCAGCCUUAAUUUAUAAAGUAUCAUGUGUCAUAUCAAAAUCAAUCUGUUGAGGUUGAUUUGUGUUUUUUGGUAAAUGGUAAUAAAUCAGCUGGUUCUAUAUUGAAUUUGAUUUGGCUGAAAGUACAGUCAGGUGUUUUCUUAAACCUUAAAAGUUCUGAACGCUGGGUAUUGGUUGCAUUUCAUUGAAGAUGAAAUCGUUGUUAUUAUUUGAACAUUCUAAUCCAGCUCUACAUUUAUUGUUUUUCCAUGAGAGUUUUAUUGUCAAUAAUAAAAUUGAAGUUUGACUUCAAAGCA